AUCCAAAUCCUUUUGCAGUCUGAGAAGGAAAAAGCAAUAGAUGAGUGGCUACCAAUCACCUCCUCACGAAAUGCCAAGUGGUGGUACUCUGCCUUUCAUAAUGUCACAGCCAUGGUUGGAGCUGGAGUGCUUGGCUUGCCUUAUGCCAUGUCUAGACUUGGAUGGGGUCCGGGCAUCACUAUUUUAAUCUUAUCUUGGUUCAUUACACUAUACACACUCUGGCAAAUGGUGGAAAUGCACGAAAUGGUACCCGGGAAAAGAUUCGACCGUUACCACGAGCUAGGGCAACAAGCCUUCGGGGAGCGCCUCGGCCUCUACAUCGUCGUCCCCCAACAACUAAUCGUCGAGGUCGGCGUUUGCAUCGUCUACAUGGUCACCGGGGGCAAAUCCCUAAAAAAAUUUCACGACACAGUCUGCACCGACUGCAAAAACAUCAAACUCACUUACUUCAUCAUGAUCUUCGCCUCCGUCCACUUCGUCCUCUCGCAACUCCCCAACUUCAACUCCAUCUCCGGCGUCUCCCUUGCCGCCGCAGUCAUGUCGCUCAGCUACUCCACCAUUGCCUGGGGAGCUUCGGUUGAUAAGGGGAAGCAGGAAGGAGUGGAAUAUGGAUACAGAGCUCCUACCACUGGUGGAACGGUAUUAGGGUUCUUCGGUGCUUUGGGAGAUGUGGCUUUUGCUUAUGCUGGCCAUAAUGUGGUUUUAGAGAUUCAGGCAACUAUUCCUUCCACUCCAGAGAAGCCUUCGAAGAAGCCGAUGUGGAGAGGGGUUGUGGUGGCUUAUAUCAUAGUUGCUCUUUGCUAUUUUCCUGUGGCGCUUGUUGGGUAUUGGGCGUUUGGAAACGCGGUUGAGGAUAACGUGCUUAUUAGUCUUGAGAAGCCGCGUUGGUUGAUAGCUAUGGCAAACAUGAUGGUUGUUGUUCAUGUUAUUGGGAGCUAUCAGAUUUAUGCAAUGCCGGUUUUCGAUAUGCUUGAGACUCUUCUUGUGAAGAAGUUGCAUUUUCCUCCUGGUUUUGCACUGAGGUUGAUUGCUCGGAGCACUUAUGUUGCUAUCACCAUGUUCCUCGGUAUGACUUUCCCUUUCUUUAGUGGACUACUUGGUUUCUUUGGAGGAUUUGCGUUCGCACCAACAACAUACUUUCUUCCUUGUGUGAUGUGGCUGUGUAUAUACAAACCUAGAAAGUUCAGUUUGUCUUGGAUAACUAAUUGGAUUUGCAUCAUUUUGGGGCUUUUCUUGAUGAUUUUGUCACCCAUUGGUGGUUUAAGACAGAUCAUUAUCGACGCAAAAACAUACAAGUUUUACUCAUAAGCAACAAAUCGAAGAACCGGCAAAAAUCAUAGUUUAUUUCAUGUUGAUAUAGCAUUGUAACAGGUACACUUGAACAGAAAUGUCCAUGAUUGCUGGUACAGAUGUCUUCCAUUAGAGAUGAACUUGUUUAUGAGUGGGAAGAUUGCUAAACUGCAAAGGUUAAGAGACAUUUUAUUAAAUAUAUAUAGUUUCUUAUAAACUAUAUAACUUUUGGUAUUCCUAUUGUAAUGAUGUUAAUUACCAGGAAGGUUGGUCUCUAUUGGAUCAUAUAGCUUCAGAGAGUAAAACUUACAAGGACAAUGUGUGUUACUGUCCUAUUUUGUUUUCAGGGUAGUAAUUGGCUACUCUAUUGAAUGUGUAUCAGUAAUAAGUUCUUUGUAAGUGAAAAUGCAAUUUAUAUACAGCUUUUUUGUUUA